AUGCAAAGAGGUCCUUGUGAACAAGCAAUAGAAUAUUUGAAUAAAUCUCUUCAAGUUUAUUUGAAAUCUGUACCACCAAAUUAUCCACCUUUGGCAACAUUGUGCAAAUAUUUGGGGCUUGCUUACUCUAAUCGUUUUGACGAUCAAAGUGAACAGACAUUUAUGAAUUUCGACAAAGCCCUCGAAGUCACCUUAAAAAAUCCGCCAUUGAAAAAUCAACCAAUGCAUGGUAUCAUCUGUCGAAUUCGUAUCCUGUGUUGUGAUUUUAAAGGACGAUAA